AUGAAUGGUGUGGCUUGCCGCUGGUCAAAUUGCAAUCAGAUUUUGCCAGAUAUACUUCAGCUUGAAGCUCAUCUUGUCUCCACGCACGUCCCUAAGACCACAAGCAAUGGUUACCUCCGAGGCUCAGAUUAUUCUUGUGGUUGGCCUAACUGUACAUACCCCAUUAGUACCUGCUGCUCCGUCCUUUUGGCUACCUUCAUCCGUCAUGUUAAAUUUCACGCCUUCGUUGAAUACCUCAUUCAACGGAACCGUUUUCUGCUCCCUGCACCCAUCUCUUGCAUACAGAAAAGUGAUUCACACUGUGAGCAUCUACCAUCUGAUUACGAGUGUGGCUGUGGUUUUACGACAGACUCAUUUCUUACUCUCUUCGAUCAUCUUCGUACCUGUCAACAGGAAAAUUGUGCUAAGAUGGAGGAUUUCAAGGCCUUUGUUUGCCCCGAAUGUCUUAAAACAUUUGAGACCUUUGAUGACUUGUUAGCUCAAGCUGUAAGUGAUCCUGAAAAAGGCAACGCGAUCGCAUUCCGUUCGGGUUUCUUCUGUAUGUGGAUUGGCUGUACGAGCAGCAAUAAUGGGUUUUUAUCGCUUAGGGAACUUCUAGAACACAUGGAAGACCAUAUCACUUCCUCGUCAAUGUGCCUCUGGAUGGGUUGCUCUGUCUUGAAGAACUUUAGUCGACCUCACCUCCUUCUUCAUGCCUACUCUAAUGUUUGUCGAAACAAUGCCUUAGAAGUCUUUAAGAAGCAACCUGACUUGAUUCUAAGGUGUAUGUCUAAGAGGGAGGACGCGGCUGCAUCCCGUGGAUGCCACGAUGCCAAGUCAAAAUGGUUCCUUGAGCGUCUUCGGUCCUCUGAUUAUGAUGGACUUUAUUGCAUGUGGAGCAAGUGUCAGCUCAAAUAUGAGAAUCCAGGCGAGUUCCUCGAACACGUAUUGAGCCAUGUAGGAGCAGAGGAGGGUAGGAGCAAGUGUCUGUGGUUCAAUGAGGCUCAUCGCGGUGUUGGUGGGCUCUGUGCCGUCGAACUCGCGAAAGGCCUUCGUGCCCAUGUUCGUGAGUCGCACACGGUUCCGCGUUUUCUCUGUCCCUUUUGUCUUGUUGCAACGUACAACAGAAAGUGUGAACUCUUUUCUCAUGUCUCGACGCGCUGCAUAACGAAACGCAAGUCCACAGUGGGGUACAAACGAAAUUUGAAGGGGAUCAGAUUGCCUUCGGGUCCUCUCCCUCUUCUUCCUAAGCCGGAUCAGUCUUCUCAACAGAGUGAAUAUCUUAAUGAGCUAUCCGAUUCUUUUCCCAGUUUUUUCCUUGAAAUAUGCUUAUUUUGCCAUGGUGUUUCUAAUUAUAGGCAUCUCAUGGCCAAGAGGGGCGAACUCAUGCCGACAAAUGUAACAGUUCACUUUUAA